AUGAGCACCCCUCGACCAACACGGGGCAGCCGCGUCUCCAGCCCAUAUGUUGGAACGCCUGCAGCUGCGCCGAGCGAGUCUCAAAAUUCGAAUACCGCAAGAGCAGAGAGACCACGGACUUUCAUGGACAAAUGGGUUGAGCCUCCUCUGCCUGCUCCAAGACCGAGCUUUGCAGAGGCGGGAAUCGAAAGACAUGGUGUGGUUCAGAACAUGGCGCCCUUGGGAACACGACCGAGUUCGAAGAUGAUGAAGGCUGUCACUGCUAGAUUGGAGAGCGAUGGUCUUGGUAGGACAAACAUAAAGAGGGCUGCGACUUCGACAGUGACGACCCCUGGCGAGUCUGCGAUGACACCCGAACCUUUCUCGAAUCCAUUGCCAGUUCAACCAGAAGAACGAAGCGAGACCCCUGAGGUACGGGCUGCGACCAAGGCACCAGAGGAGCCUGCGAGUCCAGUCCCAUCCAUGUCGCGAUCGAGUGUCCCCCCACAAUCGAAUGGCCAAGGCGUGUUUUCUGUCCACAAAUCUCCCGUACCCGCGUCCAGGACGACUCCUACCACCUAUGAAGCACCCGUACUUCAAAAUACAACUCCAUAUGCUGCUCCUGCUGCUUAUGUAGCCUCGCCAUAUUCCACUCCAGCCCCAUCCGCGGCCCCAAUCAAUGCAGCUCCAGUAGCUUAUGCAGCUCAGACACCAGCACCUGUUCAUCACUCACCAUAUCCUCCCGCGCAAACACCUACACCCUCGACGUUAACUCCUCUUGUUGUUCCACCAUUGCCCAUGGACGACGAUGGCUUGCCCUCAAUCAAUCUGGAACUGACAGACAAGAUAGUCGAAAAAGCUGUCCAAGACGCUAUAGACUCCCUCAAGUAUCCAACUGCUUAUGCUUUACGAACCCUCUACGAUGAUCACCGCAAGAACAAAAGAAUUGUGCGUCUGAUCGAGGCUGUCUACAACGGACGCGGCACGGAUCGUGACUUUCAGGAGUUCAACAUCAUCAUGCGAAAGAAGAAGCGAGAGGGCAAGAAAGACCGUACUGGAGAAUAUUAUUUCAACGGGGACGGCAGCGAUCCCGCACCUGCUCAACACAGCUAUGCGGCUGCUCUUCAAGUUGUCAACCCUCCUGCGCAACCUUACAAAACUCCCUAUUCAGCCUUACCACCUCGACCCAGUACUGCCAACUCUGUCGCAACCGACCCCCAAGUUGACGCCUCGUCCAUUGCUCCAGCAUCAAUGCCUGCUUCACCUCAAGUGGCGACCAACGAUCCUGAUGAGCAUAUUGACAAGAAGCUGAAGAUGGGUAACGUGUUACCUUCAUUAGAAUUGAACGGCCACGGAGAAGCAAGUGCCAACGGGACAAAGAUGUCACAAUCACCUACGCCAAAUGGCAUGAUCAAUUCCACGCCCAAGAGAGUGCGAUUGAAUAGCGAAUCGAGCUCGUCUUCGCUUUCAUCCAUCGAUGAAAAUUUGUUGGGAGAGGGCGUGCUGAGUGCGGGAGUCUCGCCAGCUCGACCUGUAUCGAGCCGUCUGGGGCCUGGUAGCAUCGGACUUGGGUUUUUGGGAAACUCAGCACCUCGAUUUAUCUCGCCAUAUGCCAGCGCCAACAAUUUUGCGGCGGUCGCUUCUGGAGUUUCUGCUUCUUCUUCAGCUCCUGCUGGCUCAGGCGUCUCUGGUGUUGGUAUUGUGGGUGGUUCUGGGGCUUCGGUAGCCGAGAACGUUGCACACAAUAGCAACCAGGGCCAGCCAAUCACUAGACAAGCGAGCUCAGCACCCAAAGCACCCCAAGUCUCGGCGGCGAAGGCCCCCAGGACCAGAGCCAAAUGCUCCAGCCCUUCGGAUUCCUUCGACAACAAUUCUCCUUCCUCCACUCACAUUCUCUCCACCACCACCCAUAACAACACCACUAUCGCCGACCACGCAAACAACCACGACACAUCUUCGUCGUUGUCUGCAUCAAACAACAAUAUGGCUCCAGCCGCCUUGCUUUCGCAAGAAUCCCUUUCUUCAUCAGAUUCUGCUCCCGUCGCUGCUGCAGUACCAGCCAAAUUCUUGAAGACCAAGAACGGUCAUGGCCCAACGGUCAUCGAAAAUGAAGAAGUUCGCAAGCGAAAGCGUGAGGCCCGAGAGAAGUCCAACAAGUAUGUUGGCCGUGAGGAGAGCUAUGUACGAAGUUCAACGCAAGGUGCGCCAGCUGUGCAAGAGCCCGAGUCUGCCUCAGAUGUGGAUUCUGGUGCACCGCCGCCCAAGAGACGCGCUCAGAUUCGACUCAACGUCAAGAAGCCGAAGCAACACCACACCCGCAAUCACCCUGAAGAAGAGCCAGAUAGCUCCCCUACGACACUUGGCUUCCGUCCAGAUAUUGCUCCUGGAUCCGUCAACACAUCGCGCGCUGGCACUCCUCCAUUACUUACCCGACGAACGAGAAAGACGAAGGCAGCUGGCUCCGGUCUCCGUUUGAAGUCAUCACCGAUCAAGAAGAAGGGUGGAACUUCUGCAGGAUUGCCCAAAGAGAGCGGUCCCAAAUCCCCCAGUGGUACUGGAGCUACCAGCAACCAGGAGGAGAUAGACAACAACGACUUUUGCAGCGCCUGUGGUGGAAACGGUGAUCUCGUGUGUUGUGACGGCUGUGUUCGCUCCUUUCACAACAAAUGUUGCGAUCCACCCCUGGCAGAUGAUGUCGCAGAACGAUCCGGAGAGUCAUGGUAUUGCAAUAAAUGCCAAGCCAAGGACGAUGAUUCACGCGGCUGGCCCUUCCAAAAGGUCAAAGUUUUCGACCAGAUGCAGUAUUGGCUGGAAGAUACUAAUCCAAGUUCAUUCCAUCUCCCCAAGGACAUCCGUGAGUACUUUACCGAUGUUAAGACCGGCACAGAAGGCGAGUAUGAAGAGGUGCAACCACCACCACCGCCCAAGAUCACGAAGAAAAAUGCCGAGGAGUUCAACAUCGACUACUUCAGGAAGAAGGAUGCUAAAGGCAAUCCCGUUCUCUGUUAUUCCUGUCACUUGUCCGCUUCUGCUCCCGAUCGUAUGAUCAUUCCUUGCAGCUUCUGUGGUCUAAACUGGCACUUGGACUGUCUCCCUACCCCCAUGGCAAAGGAGCCCAAUCCAUUACGACAAUGGCGAUGCCCAGCGCACGUUGAUGAUCUCUUGGCUACUCUUCCACAAUUUCUCGGACCAGCUCAUCGAUUCCGUACGAUCAAGGGCGCUCCUGUCGAAAUCCCAGCUAUCGAUCGCGGUUUCAGAAACAGUGGACACAUUGAGAUUGAGAACGAUGAUACUGAUGUUGAGGAAGAGCCUGGUUUCUUUGAGCAUCGCGAGUUUGGCAAAAUCUACAAGCUCCCAGAGAAGGGUAUCGCUCUUGACUUUAUUGCCAAGGUUAAGCAGAUGGGCGGAGGCUACGUUCCAUCACGAUUCAGUGCACGCGCUGAACAUGCUGCACAACUCAAGAACCGAGCACAUGCUUGGCAAUCCGUUACGGAUUCCUUGAGCAGCAGGUGGAACAAAUCGGACCUGUAUCGUCAACAGGCUGCACUCAAUCUCGCCGCUAUGGCAACAUCCACUCCAGAAAUAGAAGCGACAGGCGGUCUCAAUAUGCUGGUCGACACUCUUCUUACCGAAGCUCCUCCGGCUGCUGUUGCCAUGAUCGGACGUGGUGAUGCUCUCAAUAUUGCUGGAGCGGGCAAAUUGAGCAACGAGGAGAGAGCAAGUCUUAAGGCCAUGAAAGCCAGAAUUGACAGCCGUCUCGAUGCUGAUUCUGUGGGAAGCGAGGUGGCGACCGAUCCGACCUUCAGCGAUCCAAUUACGAGCACCGACGAUGCCGACACAACGAUGUCUAUGGACGAUGAACCUGCAGUCGAGCAAACUCGAGCAGCUGAGGACUGA